AUGCUUGGCCCUCUCGCUUUCACGCUCUGGCUCAGCAGCACAGCCAUUGCUGUUUCGGAUAGUACGGGCUUGGCCCCAGUACCAGAUAUCAAUAAAUCCCUCAGUAUCCGGGCUCUCCCAGAUUCACCCAGUGGCGACUAUGCUCCAAAGGUGGUUGAUUGUCCCUCAACGCGCCCCAAAGUUCGACUUGCCGAUGGCCUUUCGGAUGACGAAGAAUCCUGGGUUCGCCUUCGAAGGAACAACACGAUAGACCCGCUCAAGGACUUGCUAUCACGGGUAAACAUCUCAGGUUUUGACGCUGAGAAAUGGAUCGAUCAAAACAAAAACAAUGCCACAGCGUUACCGAAUAUUGCGAUUGCGGCUUCUGGUGGUGGUUAUCGUGCUCUUAUGAACGGUGCAGGUUUCAUCUCAGCCGCUGACUCCCGCAACAACAAAUCUGGUCCCAUCAGUGGUCUCCUUCAGUCUUCCACCUAUCUAGCUGGUCUGUCUGGAGGUGGUUGGCUCGUAGGAUCCAUUUUUGCAAACAACUUCACAACAGUCCCCGAACUACAGAAAGGCGACAAGGGCUCAGAUAUUUGGGCUUUCGACCGUUCAAUUUUCAAGGGUCCAGAGAAGUCUGGCUUCAGCAUCUUGAACACGGCGAAAUACUGGGACGACAUCAAAGACGCUGUUGACGAAAAGGACAAAGGGUGGAAUACUACUCUCACCGAUUGGUGGGGUCGUGCUUUAUCGUAUCAGCUUAUCGAUGCCGCUGAAGGCGGUCCUUCAUACACCUUCUCCUCUAUUGCCGAUACGUCAAACUUCAAAAAUGCAGACACCCCAUUCCCCAUUCUAGUCGCGGACGGUCGUGCUCCUGGACAACGUAUUGUUUCACUCAACGCAACGGUAUACGAGUUCAAUCCCUUCGAGUUCGGCACAUGGGAUCCUACAACCUAUGGGUUUGCUCCUAUAGAAUACCUUGCCUCAAACUUCACCAAUGGAACUAUCAACAAGACUGGGGAGUGCGUGCGUGGCUUCGAUCAGUUUGGCUUCGUUAUGGGCACUUCCUCUUCACUGUUCAACCAGUUCCUACUUAACAACAUUACCAAGAUCGGUGAAGAAAACGACAUUCCGUCCAUUGUUGUGAAAGCCAUCCAGGGUGUCUUGCUCGCCCUGGAUGAAAGCGACGAAGACAUCGCCGACUACACUCCCAACCCAUUCUAUAAGUGGGAUCCAACCGGGAAGAGCUACAACGCCGACGUAACUCAAUUGACUUUAGUCGACGGAGGAGAAGAUCUGCAGAAUAUUCCCCUCCACCCCUUGAUUCAACCUUCUCGUGAGGUCGAUGUCAUCUUUGCCAUCGACUCCUCAGCAGAUACUGAGAACAACUGGCCCAACGGUACUGCUCUACGCGCUACAUAUGAUCGUGUUGGUUCCAGUAUUGGAAACGGAACCAAGUUCCCUUCGGUUCCUUCAGCCGAGACUUUCAUCAACGAGAAGCUGAACCAGCGUCCAACACUCUUCGGCUGUGACGCAAAUAACUUCACGCUUUCAGAUGGUGAACUGCCUCCUCCACUCAUCUUCUACAUUCCCAACGCACCCUACACGUUCAUGAGUAACGUUUCGACUUUCGACCUCUCCUACAGCAUCCCCGAGCGUGACAGUAUCAUUCUCAAUGCCUUGAACGGAGCCACCCAGGGAAACGGUACACUUGACGAGCAGUGGCCUACUUGUGUCACAUGUGCCAUUAUGAGCAGAAGUUGGUGGAAAGCCAAUGAGACUGUGCCGAAGGAGUGCAGCGCUUGCUUUGACAAGUAUUGCUGGAAUGGAAAGUCUAACAAUACUGAAGUCAAGAACUACCAACCGACAUUUAUUAUCGCCAAUGAGACUGCGCAGGCGGAGGAUAAUGCAGCGAUUAGCAGCUUUACACCAGGCUGGUAUAUGACUGCGGCUGUGGGGACAGCGAUGUUUCUUGCUAUUCUGUAA